CGUGCUGGUUACGUGACCGAGUACUGAACCGGAGCGUGGCCGGGUGAGGGAGCGUCAGACCGGGGACCGAGCAGCGUAGUUUACCGCUGUGCUUGUUUUAUAGUGUCGGUUCUUGUUGUGGUCCGAAUUCGUACCGACGUACAGUCAUGUCAACUUCUCGCACCAUAAUAUGCUUAUUAAGAAACGAUUUACGAAUCCACGACAAUGAGGUCUUCCACUUUGCUCAAAAGCACGCGGAUCACAUAGUACCGCUGUACUGCUUCGAUCCCAGACAUUACGUGGAAACGUACAAGUACAACCUGCCAAAGACGGGACCUUUUCGCCUGCGCUUCCUGUUGGAAAGCAUUCGAGACCUUAGGAACACGCUGGUGAACAAGGGCAGCAACCUGGUAAUAAGACGAGGCAAGCCAGAAGACGUUGUCGCCGACCUUAUUAAGCAACUUGGGUCGGUCAGCGCUGUCGCGUUCCACCAAGAGGUAACUUCCGAGGAGCUGACAGUAGAGAAAGAAGUGAAGGACGUAUGUGUGCGAAUGAAAGUGCAAGUUCACACAUGUUGGGGUUCAACGCUGUAUCACCAAGACGAUCUGCCUUUUCAACACAUAUCCAGGUUGCCAGAUGUUUACACUCAGUUCAGGAAGGAAGUGGAAUCCAAGAGUCAGGUUAGGCCCGAGUUGCCAAACCCGGACCGGCUCAAGCCUCUUCCUUUGGGGCUCCAGGAGGGAGACGUUCCCACCGCAGAGGACCUUCAGCAGACAGAACCUUUGAAUGACCCUCGGUCAGCUUUUCCGUGUACUGGCGGUGAAAGUCAGGCGCUGCGCAGACUUCAGCAUUAUUUCUGGGAUACUGAUGCAGUUGCAUCUUACAAGGAGACGCGCAACGGUUUGGUCGGUGUGGACUAUUCCACCAAAUUUGCGCCCUGGCUGGCGAUGGGUUGCAUUUCCCCGAGGUACAUUUAUCAUCAGAUACGCCGGUAUGAGAUGGAGCGGACAGCCAAUCAGAGCACAUACUGGGUUAUUUUCGAGCUUUUAUGGAGGGAUUACUUCAAGUUUGUCGCGCUCAAAUAUGGAAAUCGUCUGUUUCAUCUUAAAGGCCUUCAGGACAAAACCAUUCCCUGGAAGACAGACAUGACGCUUUUCAACGCAUGGAAAGAGGGUCGCACAGGUGUCCCUUUUGUGGAUGCCAACAUGAGGGAGUUAGCCAUGACGGGCUUUAUGUCCAACAGAGGGCGCCAAAACGUGGCUAGCUUCCUCACUAAGGACCUGGGCCUAGACUGGAGGAUGGGAGCGGAGUGCUUUGAGUACCUUUUGGUUGAUCAUGACGUCUGCAGUAACUAUGGCAACUGGUUGUACAGUGCUGGUAUUGGAAAUGACCCCCGAGAGAACAGAAAAUUUAACAUGAUUAAACAAGGACUCGACUAUGACAGUAACGGCGACUACGUGCGGCUUUGGAUUCCCGAGCUACAGAAAAUCCGGGGAGCUGACGUGCACACGCCGUGGACCCUCAGCAAAGCGGCACUGUCGCACGCCGACGUCAUCCUCGGGGAAACUUACCCCGCCCCUCUCGUCGUGGCGCCCGAAUGGGGUCGACAUGUGGGCAAGAAGCAGGUUGGUAGCGGGCCGUACCCAAGAGGCAGAAAGGGUCCGUCUCACACCCCCAAACAACACCGUGACAGAGGCAUUGAUUUCUAUUUUUCCAGAAGCAAAAAUCUGUGAGCUCGGAUGAAUACCAUCCUUCACAAUGCCAACUUUUGUUACACAAACUGUUUAAGUUAUAUGCUUGUUGUUUGUCUUGCAUACUAAAUGGUGCUAUAAUUCCGAUCCGCUUGACUUCGUCUUUUACUACAUAAGAGUGUAUUUUUAUGGCGCGAGAAGUUUGUGCAGUGAUCACAGGAAAAGCACAUGAUGAGCUGGGGAAGUGGUGAAGAGGCGAAAACAAAACUACCCAAAGCAGGUGUGGGGAAACUAAAAUGCUCAAGUUACCACUUUAGCUUCUUAUAAAGGCAUCUCAUUUGGAAAUGAUAUUUUAAAAAUUAAAACACCGUAUUUUCCGCACUAUAAGGCGCACCUAAUAGUCUUCAAUUUUCUCAAAAGCAGACAGUGCGCCUUAUAAUCCGAUGCGCCGUAUAUAUGGAUCAAUAUUGGUCAAUCCUUUAACACCUGAGCCUAUUUUGUCUGAAUUUGCAUGCCUUUCAUGAUCAGACAAUGGCCUGGUUGGGUCCCUUUUUUUCAGGACACCAUCACCUUCAUGUCCAAACUGUUGUUUUCUUAACUGACCAGUUAUGAUCAACAUCUUGGACCCAAAAAGACAAAAAAAUCUCCAAAUAGUUUGUCUAAAUUUGUAAUAUUAAUUAAUGUCUCAUUGACAACCAAACAUGCUCGACAAACCGUUUUGAAGCUUGAUAAUAUUUAUUCGACUUGUUAGGAUAAACAUUCUACAGAUAAAAAUAAGACUGAAUAGUUUUAUGUUUGAUAAUUCAAUUUAAUGCUCGUUUGUGAGGGCAACAAAACUAUGAAACUUUAUGAAACAUUAUCUCCCGUUUUAAUCAGUCGAUUAACUUCAAGUAAAAACGGGCGUGGACCUCAACAUCUGCACUUUCAAAUGAGACCAACCAGCGGCACAUGGGUGACGUAAUUACAGCGUGACUGGGCUUCAAAGAUGAUAUGCCUAAUUUUGUCGCCGCCGACACGUAAAACUGUUUUCAUGUAUAGGGCGCACUGCAUUAUAAGGCGCAGUAGUAGUAAUAGUAGUGGUUGGGGUUGCGUUAUACAUCCACUAUAGUGCGGAAAAUACGUUACAUUAUGGUGAAAUCUUGGUUUGCCUUCUGAAAAUAAGAUGAUAAUGAAAUCUAAUCUUAUUACUAAUUAAAUUUCAUUGAAAAAUUAAAAAUGCAAUAUUUUGUUUGUGGCAUUACUUCAUUAUUAAUAUUAUCUUUUAUUUUUUUCUUUAUGCACACAAACACCGAUAAAUUUGAAAAAUAAUUUGUCGAGAUUUGGAUAUUUUAUAAAAUGUAUUACCAGUACAUUUAGAAAAUGAACAGAAAUUGAUUUUGAAAUAUUUUGCAAUUUAUUUGAAUGACAUUUUAUUUAAACAUUGAUUUAUUCUAGGGCUGUCAAAAUUAUCGUGCUAACGGGCGGUAAUUAAUUCUUUAAAUUAAUCACGUUAAAAUAUUUGACGUAAUUAACGCACGUGCCCCGCUCAAACAGACUAAAAUGACAGUACAUUAUAAUGUCCGCUUGUUAUUUAUUUAUUUUUUUGUGUGUUUUGCGCCCUCUGCUGGCGUUUGGGUCCAACUGAUUUUAUGGGUUAGUAACUUAGUACCAUGAGUGAGCAUGGUGUAAUUAUCGACAUCAACAAUGGCGAGCUACUAGUUUAUUUUUUUUAUUGAAAAUUUUACAAAUUUUAAUAAAACGAAAACAAUAAGAGGGGUUUUAAUAUAAAAUUUCUAUAACUUGUACUAACAUUUAUCUUUUAAAAACUACAAGUCUUUCUAUCCAUGGAUCGAUUUAAGGGAAUGUUAAUAAUGUUAAUGCCAUCUUGUUGAUUUAUUGUUGUAAUAAACAAAUACAGUACUUAUGUACCGUAUGUUGAAUGUA